CUUCUUUUUCGAGUCAUCAUUGACAACAGAAAGCCCACAGAAAGUGGUUGUUCAAUUUGCUGUUGGCUCGAUUUUCAAAAUUCUUAUUUUCAAAAUAAAUGCAUUUUAUCGAAGAAAAAAUAGCGACAAACAUUACUUUACUAAAGAAAUAUUGAAUUACUUUUUUUUAUCCCUUAAAAUUAUAAAAAUUAACAGACUAUGUUUUAUUGAAUACAACAUUUAAAUAAUUUUUUCAUCAAUUAUUUUACUGAUAACUGUAAAGAAAAAAAUUAUUAAAAUGUCAGUUCAAAAAACAAGUCAAGAUUAUAUUGAUGAAAUGAUAAGUAUGUCAAAAGACACAAAUGAAAUUGUGACUGAAAAAAGUGAAGUUACCGAUUUUUUUACAAAUUGUAAUAUUUUUGUGACUGGUGGAUCUGGUUUUAUUGGAAAAUUACUUUUGGAAAAACUUUUACGAUGUUUUCCUGAUAUGGGUAAAUUGUACAUGAUGUUACGGCCUAAAAAGGGAAAAUCUCCAGAGGAACGUUUCAAAGAACACUUUGACGAUCCUUUGUAUGAAAGAUUAAAGCAAGAACAACCGGAUUUUGCGUCAAAAAUUUUUAUAAUCGAAGGUGACACUGGAAAAUUUGAUUUGGGUUUAUCGAGCGAUGAUCGUGAACUAAUUUGCAAAAAUACUCACAUAAUUUUUCAUGGGGCAGCCACUGUUAGAUUUGAUGAGAAACUUCGCCAAGCUGUAAAUAUUAACGUGAGAGGUUUACAAUUAAUGCUCCAACUUGCCAAGGAGAUGAAAAAUCUUAAGGCAUUUGUACACAUAUCGACGGCAUUUUCACAUUGUAUUUCAAAAGAUAUUAAGGAAAAAUUCUAUCCCUCACCAAUGGAAGUGGAUAAACUUUUGAGUCUUGUGGAUUUGUUGGACGAUCAACAAUUGGAACAUUUAACACCUCUCUUUUUGGGAAAGUGGCCAAAUUCUUAUGCUUUUUCAAAGGCAAUGGCUGAAGAAGCAGCAAAAAGAUAUUCGACUGGAAUUCCAAUUUGUGUCGUUCGUCCAUCGAUAGUCGUGUCAACAUGGAAGGAACCAAUCGCUGGAUGGACAAACAAUCUUUAUGGAGCCACAGGUGUUGUUGUGGGUUCUGGAAUUGGAUUACUUCGCACACUUCACUGUGUGCCAAAUAAUGUCGCAGAAAUAAUACCAGCCGAUAUAGUUAUCAAUAAUGUUGUCGUUGCUGCUUGGGAUAUUGCUCAACAAUGGAAUGAAAAAUUAAUUAUUGAGGAAGAACCACCGGUUUUUAAUUGUAUAUCAUCAAAUUUAAAACCUAUUACUUGGGGUAGAUUUAUGGAUUUAAAUAAAAGUUAUGGAUUUGAAUUACCAAGUAAAAAAACUAUUUGGUAUAAUGUAAUGAUUUUAAACAAAAAUUUAUGGUUACAUAAUUUUUGUAUACUAUUUUUACAUUUUUUACCAGCAGCAAUAGUCGAUUGUAUUUUGUAUCUUAUGGGAAAAAAACCAAUGUUAUGGACAGCUUAUAAAAAAAUUCACAAAUUCAUGGGCGUAAUUUCAUAUUUCUCGAGUCAAGAAUGGAAUUUUCAUAGUGAUGCUAAUCAAGCUUUAUAUAAAAAAUUAAAUUCUGUUGAUCGUAAAAAAUUUGAUUUUAAUUUGAAUAAUUUAGAUUGGGAGGAUUAUAUUUGUUAUCAUGUAAGAGGAAUUCGUGUUUUUAUUUUUAAAGAUACGAUGGAAUCAAUUAAGGAAGGGCAAAUUUAUUACAGAAGAUUGAAAAUUGCUCAUUAUACGAUAGUAACUGCGGCAUUUUGUUUGUUGAUGUGGUUGAUGUUAUCAUUUAUUCGUAUUCUAUUUUUAUGGUGUUUUAGUCGAUUUAUAUAAUAUAAUUUAUUAUUAAUAUUUUACUUUGACAACUAAACAUUUGAUUGAUUGUGUAAUAAAAUCUUUUUAUUUAUUAAUUUUAUAAUUAAUAAUAAAUAAAACGAGUUUUCUU